GAUGUCAGCAGAGUUUCCCAAUCUGUCACUUUGCUAGGUGGAGUAGGCUUGAUGGAAGACGGAGAAGCUGGAGACAACCACCAUGAUUUUUUGACAACUCCCGUGAACCGACUUCAUUCUUAACAUUUCGUCCGAUAGCGUAUUGUUGUCACCCUUUUUUUUUUUUAACCGUUAUACCUGUUAGCUGCUGUCGGCGUUAUUUGACAACUGUGGAACAACACCCACUUCAGAAGAAGUCACUAUGCUAACCACUGUUAGCUGCUGCCACUUGACGUAGCUAUGUGCUCUAUGCUAGACUUGAAACAGCUAGCGAAAAGAGCGGUAGUUUCACUAUAACGGAUACUUUUUUUUUUUUUUUGCUAUAGAGCAAGCGGUAUUUUAUCCAGUUUCCUGUGCUUGAAAACGAAGCUAUCAAUCUGUCAGAAAAAUGGGACUACACCCGCUGGAGUUCAGUGAAUGCUAUCUGGACAGCCCGAACUUCAGGGACAAAAUAAAGGCACACGAAGCAGAGCUGGACAAAACUAACAGGUUUAUCAAAGAACUGUACAAGGAUGGGAAGAACCUCAUCAAUGCAACAAAGCAGCUUGGGAUGGCACAGCGAAAGUUUGCCCAGUGCCUGGGAGAAUUUCAGUUUGAGUACAUCGGAGAUGCAAAGACCGACGAUGAGAGAUGCAUUGACGAGUCUUUGCAAGAGUUCUCCAUAUUCCUCAAAAAUCUGGAAGACCAAAGAGAGCUGAUGAUGAGAAACAUCACAGAAACUUUAAUGAAACCCCUGGAGAAGUUCAGGAAAGACCACCUCGGUACAGUAAGGGCGGAAAGAAAGAAGUAUGAGAAAGAGACAGAGAAGUACUACAGCUCUCUGGAAAAGCUUCUGAAUAUGUCAGCAAAGAAGAAAGAGCCUCAGCUACAGGAGGCAGACAUCCAGGUGGAAACCAUGAGGCAGCACUUUCAGGUGUCGUCACUGGACUAUGUGUGCAAGCUGCAGGAGAUCCAAGAGAGGAAGAAGUUUGAGUGUGUGGAGCCUAUGCUGGCCUUCUUUCAGACGGUCUUCACUUUUUAUCACCAGGGUUUCGAGCUUGCCAAGGACUUUGAUCAUUAUAAAAGAGAACUGCAGAUCAAUAUUCAGAAUACUAGAAAUCGAUUUGAGGGCGCGCGGUCAGAGGUGUACGAGCUGAUGAAGAGGAUCAAGGAGGCACCCCAAGAAUACAGACAGACCAGCCCUAUCAGUUGUGAAGGCUACCUCUAUGUACAGGAAAAAAGGCCACCUCCCUUUGGUUCAAGCUGGGUGAAACGCUAUUGCACAUUUGUUAAAGAGCAGAAGAUCCUGCACAUGGUGACCUUCGACCACAGAUCUGGUGGGAAGAUUGGUGAGACGGAGUCUGUCACACUGAAAUCCUGUGUCCGCAAAACAACGGACGUGUUGGACAGGAGGUUCUGCUUAGACCUCGACAUAACCGAUCGGCCAGGGACAGUGCUAACAGUACAGGCCCUGUCAGAGGAUGACCAUAAGUUCUGGAUGCAGGCCAUGGGUGGGAAGGAACCUAUUGGACACUACCUUGGGAGAACUUAUUCUAAAGAAAGAGGAAUUGACGCCCAGCUGGAUGAUGUGGGUUUGAGCUUUGUGAAGAACUCCAUCAGCGCCAUAGAGGCAAGAGGUAUAAACGACCAAGGCCUGUACAGAAUUGUCGGAGUAAGCUCCAAGGUCCAGAAGCUCCUCUCAUUAAUGAUUGAUGAGAAGAGCAACGAAGUGGAUCUGUCUGCCAGUGAGGACUGGGACAUUAAGACAAUAACAAGUGCACUGAAGCUUUAUCUGAGGAGCCUUCCCGAGCCGCUGAUGACCUAUGGACUUUACAAAGAGUUCAUCAGCCCCGCGAAGGCUGGUAGUCCAGAGUCUCGCAUCCAAGCCGUCCACUGCCUGGUCCACCAACUACCGGAGAGGAAUCGACAAGUCCUCGGGCUGCUUAUGAAGCAUCUGGCCAAUGUGGCAGCCAACAGUAAACAGAACCUGAUGACCGUGGCGAACCUGGGCGUGGUGUUUGGUCCCACAUUAAUGAGGCCACAGGAGGAGACUGUCGCUGCCAUCAUGGAUCUCAAGUUCCAGAACAUUGUGGUGGAAAUCCUCAUUGAACACCAUGAAAAGAUCUUUGCAGAUGCUCCGGAGUCAUGCCCUCUUUCACCUGCUACCCCAGUAUUAUCCGCUCCCACAAGGCAGUCCAAGAAGCUGAGUCGACAGAAUCGGCCCCUGGCUGUCUACAAUCCACAAGCCCUAGACAUCCAGAAUGUGUCAGCUGUGGCAGAUAGUUCCAGCCUGGCAACGGAUGAGACAUCAAUGGGCAGCAAUGAGUCUGUAUCGUCUCAGUCGUCGUCAGCGUCGACCUCAGAGACGCCUGUGGAGAAGAGUGAUCAUGCCCCACUUAACACCAGCCUCAGCUCAGGCAGCAACUCCGGGGCCGCAGCAGCUUCGAAGUCCACUCCUGGAGCAUCCAGAGAGAGCCAACCUGCUGCCACCACUACUGCCUCAGAUAAAGAAAAGCCAGAGGAGAGUGUCACCAGCAGGAAAGCCAAGGCAGUGUACCCAUGUGAGGCUGAGCACGACUCUGAGCUCUCCUUCCAGGUCGGCGCAAUAUUCAACGCCGUGAUUCAGUCGAGAGAGCCAGGCUGGCUGGAGGGGGAGCUAGAGGGAAAGAGGGGCCUCAUCCCUGAAAACUAUGUGGAGAUGCUGUAGCCCCACGUGGAAAUAUUUAUGGACAAGUUAUCACCUUCAAUGGGAAAAGUAUGCAGACAUGCCUCAACUCUGAAUUUCACAGUAGAGCCUUGUUUAUCCAAAAUCCCCUGAAUUCUCUCAAGCAAGUGAGAUAUGUUAUUAGUGGUGGACUGUUCUUGAUACUUAAGUAUUUUGGCUGGGAAGUAGACUUUGUGAUGCAUGUGCAAGCAUGUUUCUUUGUUUGAAUUUACUUUGGUUGAGUGCUCACAUGAAUUUCAGCAUUGCGAUUCCAUAAUGGGUUUGCAGUUAAAAUGCUCUGCUGUACACAAAGACGCUGUAGCUUCUAAACGUUCGGGUAACUUUGCAGCAGCGCCAGAGAAUGAGCCUCGCUCUCUCCUCCGCUCUGUUACACGUGGUGUCAGUGAGCUCCCGAGUCAAAGGAUGAGUCUCAGAAACUGUAAGGUAGAAUGUCAGCACUCAGAUCACUGUGGCUUUUCACCCUCUUGACAGUGAUGCACUCAACUUAGUUUUCAGCUGUUGAAAGAUAAGCCAUACCCACGUGCCUUAACCACCACAACACCCAGUGUAAAUGUAUGUACAGGUAUGUAUGAAACUCGAUUGGCGUGUUACUGCUUUCGCUUAUGAAUUGUUGCAUUUCAUGUCAUUUUAUGAUCAUUUAGAUAUUCAAAAUGAGGCACAUUGCUACUGUAAUUUUAUUUUAUUUAACUGGCACAAUGAUUGCAUGAUUUUUGAAUUUUAAAAUACACUCUGUACUGUUAUGUUCUUAGUGCACUCCUUUACAGAAAUACAGUGAAACGCCUCUUUGAUACCCGAUGAACCUUCUUGUGUUAAACACUAGCAUCAGACAGAUUCAGGUGGUAAAUUUCAAGAUAGAAACGACUGAAACCAAGUGUUUUUCCUGUCAAUUUAUCUGUUUGGUUUGUUUUAAAGCUUAUUUUUGACGUUGCUGAGUUUCCUCUGAGCAGAGAAAUGAGACACUCCUACAAAGUUGAACUUUUUCUUUUUAAUUUUAUCGUUAUUUUAUCUUCAACUUCAGUGGAAUAAGUGGUUAUAAGUUUUAUAAUCAAUAUCCGUUCACUGUAUAUUGCUUAUAGCUAUAGAGUUAUGACAGCCAAGUACAGAAUACAAAUCUCCGUUAUGUGAUAGACAGGUUUUAAGUUUUCAUUGGACUGGUUUUACAAUGUACGCACAUUACAUUUCAUCCCUCAACUGUUCAACAAGACACUUUAAUUUUUCUGAGAGCUUUGGUUCAGCAGAUUAUUGUGUUUUCAGUUGCGAUUGCUGUAAUUUAAAGACAUUGAUUCAUGACGUUUGUAAAGGGCCUUGACUUCUUUCAUUUUUAUACCUUUGGGUAUCCUGAUCAAUGUUAAGCAAAUAAAGAUUUUUUUUUUUGUU